UAAAAUUAAUUUGGUUAUUAACAAUAUCAGAAGUGGCUAUAAAUGAAAAGAGACACUUUACGGCAGUGUUACCACGUUUUGUUUGGAUGGGCGGAAAUGGCGGCAACUGUGAACGAAACAACGAUCACUCUUAAAGGAUCUGCAGACAUUGUCGCGGAAUUUUUUAAUUAUGGAAUAAAUAGCAUUUUAUAUCAAAGAGGAAUCUAUCCACCAGAAACAUUUACCCAGAAUCAGAAAUAUGGAUUAACUAUUUUAAUGACUGAUGAUAAAGACCUUAAAGAAUUUUUAUCUAAUAUAUUAAAACAGGUCCAUGAUUGGUUGCUGUCAAAGGAGUUAUAUCGUGUAAGUAUUGUCAUAACGGAUAAUAAUACAUUAGAAACUUUAGAACGUUGGGAAUUUAAAAUUGAAAGUGAUGAUGCUCUAACCAAAGAUGGGAAACCAAAGCAGAAAGAUAUCAAGGAAAUUCAGAAAGAGAUUAGAGAUAUUAUACGGCAAAUUACAGCUAGUAUAACUUUUUUACCUUUAUUAGAUAAUCCAUGUUCCUUCGACAUUCAUCUGUACACGCACAAAAAUACCAAAGUGCCGGAUAAGUGGGCCGACACCGUUCCCGGCGAAAUAGCCAAUUCUCAGAGAGUGCGUCUUCGAAGUUUUUCCACCACCGUACACAAAGUGGACGCUUGCGUAUUCUAUAGAGGUUGUGAAUAAUAUCAUAUUAACAAGAAGAGAAGCUGACAAAUGCACAAAUUUUUAUUCUAAGUUUAUACACAAUUUUAUGAGUUUCCGUGUAUAUUGAUAGUAUAGAAUUCAUUCAGAUGUGUAGAUUUCUUUUAUACAUCAUAUUUUUAAUCAAAUACAUUUCUGUACUAUAGUUUAUAUUAUUUUUCAUGCAUGCAUGUGUCAAUUUAUCUAUAUGUUAACACUUUUUUCACUGUACAGUUAUGUUUUUUUGGAUUAAAAUUCUUAUAAAUUACUUUCCGAAGUAACUAUUAUUAUGUUAUGGUUUUAAUGUAUCAUAUGAUAAGGUGAUUAAAAA